GUUGUCACCAUAAUAUCAUUUACUUCGUACAUGUGGCAUGUAUUAACAUAUACUUCGUGUAGUUCUUGACACAUUUUUAUACAUUGGAUGGUUUCCACCAUAUUAGUGUAAACUUCGUGUAGCUGAGAAACUUUUUUCCAUAUAUAUACCUCACACAUGCUAUACUUCAUCAUCCUCGAUCUUCUCAGUCAUUAAUACAAAGCAAUAAGAGUUAUUCAAACAUAUUGUAACAAUCCAAAAAUGUUUUGGUUUUGAUUAGAAGGGGCAUACUGAUAACUUAUCGCAAAUUAACAGAAGCGUCUAUACAUUUUCCCUGAGAGAUAAUAUGGGCAAAGGUCGCAGAUUAACGAUUAGUCGUAGUGAGCGGUAUCAUCAUCAUUCCGGUCACGGUGACGUGGAUGGAGAAGCCGCAGUCGAGCUGGAGCUCAUGGAAGAGGAUGUAUGGUCGGUGAUGGAGGCUCAUGAUGAACCAACAGAAGAAAACGUGUGGACCGCACACUCCCUCCAAACUAGCGGCGGACCAAACGGAGACCUCAUGGGUGGCCUGACCAAGAACGUUGAUGCACGGAGGAAGAAACACGUGGCGAGUUCUGCGCCGGUGAAAGUGCCUGACUGGAGCAAGAUCUUAAAGGUAGAGUCUGUAGAGUCAAUUCAUUAUAAUAAUACCACUAAUGCUGCUGACGUGUACGAUGAGGACUGGGAGAGUGAGAUGGUUCCGCCUCAUGAAUACGUGGCGCGCAGCCGUGACGGUAACGGUGGUUCCUCGGUGUUUUUAGGCGUGGGAAGGACGUUAAAAGGAAGAGACAUGAGACGCGUUAGAGACGCCGUGUGGAGCCAGACCGGUUUUAAUGGUUAAGUUAGGUUUAAUGUUAAUUAAUUUAAUCAAUCCGUGAAUCGUAAGAAUAUUAGGUUUUUUAUAUAUAUUGAUUUAUAUUUUUUAUGUAAACAUUAUAUAUUUUAAAUGUAUACCAUUUUGUAAAUAAUAGAAAAAUAUAUAUUAUUUAGUAAAUAAUAGAUAAAAUAUAUAUUAACUGAUUUAUCAUAAUACAAUAUUUAUUAUUUAGUAAAUAAUAGACAAAAUAUAUUUGUAA